AUGCCUCCGGGAGCCCCCGUCGUCUCGAAGUGCCCGCUGCGCACUAUCAAGGAGAUUCAGUUCGGGCUGCUCUCACCCGAGGAGAUCAAGUCCAUGAGUGUCGUUCACAUCCUCUACCCUGAGACCAUGGACGAAGAAAAGCAGCAGGCUCGUGUCCAAGGUCUUAAUGAUAGCCGGCUUGGAAGCAUCGAUCGCAGUUUUGUCUGUGGCACAUGCCAGGAAGACAUGCAGACCUGCCCAGGGCAUUUUGGCCACAUUGAGUUGGCCGUGCCCGUGUUCCAUGUUGGUUUUGUUGUGAAGAUCAAAAAGCUACUCGAGACAGUGUGCCACAACUGUGGUCUAAUCUUGGCUGACUUCAAUCACCCAGAUUGGAAUACCGCUAUCAAGAUCAAGGACCCCAAAAAGCGCUUUGACAUGAUCUGGCGACUUUCCAAGGGGCGGAAGAACUGCGAGAACAACCCAGCGGACUCAGCUGAUAAGAACCCGAAGCAGCCCCACGGUGGUUGUGGUAACCGGAUGCCCGAUUCUAUCAAGAAGGAGGGUAUGAAGUUGACUGCCUCGUACAAGCCGCGGAAAGACGAGGAAGAGAGCAAAGACACCGAGAAGAAGGAAAUCAGACCGCAAGAUGCGCUCAACACAUUCCGACACCUCAGCGACAACACACUCGGUCUGCUCGGCCUGAAUGUCGACUAUGCCCGCCCUGAGUGGAUGAUCCUCACCGUGCUUCCCGUGCCCCCGCCUCCAGUCCGUCCUAGUAUUUCGGUAGAUGGCACUGGCCAAGGUGCGCGUGGUGAAGACGAUCUGACCUACAAAUUGGGCGACAUUAUCCGUGCCAACAGCAACGUGAAGAAGGCGCAUGCAGAAGGUGCUGCGCAGCACGCUAUACAGGAGUACGAGCAGCUACUGCAAUAUCACAUUGCGACUUACAUGGACAAUGACGCGAACGGUGUACCCCAGGCGAUGCAAAAGUCUGGUCGCCCGCUUAAAACCAUUCGUGGCCGCUUAAAGGGCAAGGAGGGUCGUCUACGAGGCAACUUGAUGGGCAAGCGUGUAGACUUUUCGGCUCGCACUGUCAUCACGGGCGAUCCCAAUUUGUCGUUGGAUCAGGUUGGCGUGCCGCGCUCAAUUGCUAGGACUUUGACGUAUCCCGAAACUGUAACCAAGUUCAACAUCGGCAAAUUGUCGCAGCUGGUGCGCAACGGCCCUACCAACCAUCCCGGAGCCAAUUUCGUCAUCAAAUCCGACGGUGUACGCCUUGAUCUCAAACACAACAAAAACCUGAGCGAGUUGCAAUUGGCAUAUGGCUGGAAGGUUGAACGUCAUAUCAACGACGACGAUGUCAUCAUCUUCAACCGACAGCCAUCUCUGCACAAGGAAUCCAUGAUGGGCCAUCGUGUCAAGGUCAUGCCAUAUUCGACUUUCCGCUUGAAUCUGUCCGUCACGUCACCCUACAAUGCUGAUUUCGAUGGUGACGAGAUGAACCUGCACGUACCGCAGAGCGAUGAAACGCGCGCUGAGGUUAAGAAUCUGUGCAUGGUUCCGCUACAAAUCGUCUCACCUCAGGGAAAUAAACCACUCAUGGGUAUUGUGCAAGAUACCUUGUGUGGUAUCUUCAAGAUGACUCACACAGAUGUCUUCCUCACCCGAGAGCAAGUCAUGCCUCUCAUGAUGUGGGUACCAGACUGGGAUGGCCUUCUUCCUCCUCCGGCUAUUCUGAGACCGAAACCUCGUUGGACCGGUAAGCAGAUCAUCAGCUUCGCGUUCAAGGACGACCUCAACCUCGUGCAAUCGAGUGAUUCUGCGGAUGAUAAGUUCAACGAUUUUAGCGGUAAAUCUGUCAUUGUCCAUGGAGGUGAAGUGGUAAUGGGCCAAAUUGUCAAGAAGCAAGUCGGCGCUUCUCCUGGUGGUGUCGUCCACAUAGUAUACAACGAACACGGCCCGCAGGCAGCGGUGGACUUCUUCAAUGCUGCGCAGCGCAUCGUCGCCUACUGGUUCCUUCACAAUGGAUUCAGUAUCGGUGUUGGAGAUGCUGUCCCCGACAAGGCUACGUCCGAUAAGAUUGUGGAGGCUGUAAACAAAGCCAAGGCUGAAGUCGCAGAGGUUCUGAAGCUCGCAACUUCGGACAAACUAGAACCGAACCCUGGUAUGACUCUACGAGGCACAUUCGAAGCCAAAGCACAGAAAGCUCUCAAUGAAGGACGUGAGGCUGGUGGUACUGCAGCCAAGGACAACCUGAAGCCCUUCAACAACGUCGUCCAAACAGUCACUUCUGGUUCCAAGGGUUCGAACGUCAACAUCGCCCAGAUGGUGUCCCUUGUCGGUCAACAGGCCGUCGAAGGUAAUCGUAUUCCCUUCGGAUUCAAAUACCGCACGCUUCCACAUUUUACAAAGGACGAUUACUCCCCCGAAUCGCGAGGGUUCAUUGAGAACUCUUAUCUACGUGGACUUACUCCGACUGAGUUCUUCUUCCACGCCAUGGCCGGUCGUGAGGGUCUCAUUGACACUGCAGUCAAGACCGCAGAAACUGGUUACAUCCAGCGUCGUUUGGUCAAAGCACUUGAAGACGUCAUGGUCAAGUAUGACGGCACUGUUCGUAAUUCCAUGGGUGACAUUGUCGAAUUUGUUUACGGUGAAGACGGUCUCGACGGUGCAAAGGUCGAGAAACAGACCAUUGACACGGUGCCACUUUCUCGAAAGAAGUUUGAAAAUGACUACAGGAUGGAUGUGAUGAGUGACAAGCCACCUAUCCCUGCCGAUGUGCUGGAGGUUGCCAACGAGAUCCAAGGCGAUACUGAGGUUGGCCAAUACCUGGAUGAAGAAUUCGCUCAGCUUGAAGAGGAUCGCAAAUUCUUGCGACAGGGAAUGAAGACCGAUAAGAAGGAAGUCUACCUACCUCUCCACAUCAGCCGCAUUGUGGACAAUGCCAAGACUCGAUUCGCGAUCAAGAAUUCUCAACGAAGUGAUCUCCACCCGAUAGAGGUUAUCAAUGGUGUCCGCGACCUGCUCGAGAAGCUCAUCGUCAUUCGAGGUGACGAUCUGCUCACUUUGGAGGCCCAGAAGAGCGCUACUAUGCUCUUCAAAUGUCUUCUGCGGUCUCGUUUAGCCUUCAAGCGCCUGGUCACCCAGGAUCACUUGAAUAAGCUCGCCUUCAAUCACAUCAUUGGCGAAAUUGCGGAUCGCUUCCUGAGGGCUGCCGUUCACCCUGGAGAAAUGGUGGGUGUGAUUGCAGCCCAAUCCAUCGGAGAACCUGCAACACAGAUGACUCUGAAUACCUUCCAUUUUGCUGGUGUGUCUUCUAAGAAUGUCACUCUUGGUGUUCCUCGCCUGAAAGAAAUCCUCAACAUUGCCGCCAACAUCAAGACGCCCAGUAUGUUGAUCAAGCAGAGCCACCCGCAACAUUCGCAACAGACUGCGAAGGAACUUCGAAGCCGGAUCGAACAUACAACUCUUCGAUCGUUGACGCACUCUGUUGAGUUAUAUUAUGACCCUGAUCCAAGGAUUACAUUGAUCGAGGCCGAUCAAGAUUUGCUCGAAACAGCUUUCUUGGUUGAUGACGAAGACACGGCGUCACAGUCCAAAUGGCUGCUUCGUAUUGUUCUGGACCGGAAGCAUCUGCUGGAUAAAAACCUCGAUAUACGGGAAGUAUCUGCAAGGAUCCAAGAAGAAUUUGCUCCCAACAUCGCUGUCAUCACAGCAGAUCCCAACGAUGACGAGCAGGUGUUGCGCGUACGGUUUAAAUGGGAUCAACAUCUCAGGAAAGACGAGGACGACGAAGAAGACCGGGAUGAACGAUGGAUGCGCAAGCUCGCCGUUCAUUUGUUGGACGAUGUUACGCUGCGCGGAGUCAAGGGCAUCGAGCGUGCCUUUAUCCGUACCGAGCAGAAGGUUUUCGAACAAGAGGACGAGUCUCUGAUUCUAAAGAAGGAUGAUGAUCGCUGCGUGGAAUGGGUCUUGGAUACCACAGGUAUCGCCCUGGCCGAGGUGCUGUCCGUAGAGGGCGUAGACGCAUCUAGCUCUUACUCCAACUCGUUCAUCGAGGUUCUCGGCGUUCUCGGUAUCGAAGCUGCGCGGGCUGGUCUCUUGAAGGAACUGUCGAACGUCUUGGAGUUUGACGGUUCGUACGUCAACCAUCGUCACAUGGCUAUUCUCGUCGACAUCAUGACCCAACGUGGUCUCCUCAUGGCCAUCACGCGCCACGGCAUUAAUCGCGGUGACACUGGCGCACUCAUGCGCUGCUCCUUCGAAGAGACGGUAGAGAUCCUGCUCGAAGCCGCUGGCUACGGUGAGCUGGACGACUGCCGCGGUGUGUCCGAAAAUAUCAUGCUUGGCCAGCUUGCACCAAUGGGCACAGGAGAGUUCGAGGUUGUCAUGGAUAGCCAAAUGUUGCUCACUAUGGUCGAGGACAACUCUCGUAUGCGCACCGGUGCCACUGGAAACUAUUAUGACAACGGCGCUGCAACUCCUUACGAUCUUGGCUCUCCAACUUACGAAGGCGGCAUGAGUGGUCCGUCUUACAGCGCGGAGUUCUCGCCUCUGGCAGCUCCAGAAGGGAACUUUGGUGGUAUGAGCGAGUACGCUCCGCAGUACGGUGACGGUGGUUUCAGCCCGUAUGCUGGAACUCGCAGCCCUGGCAUGGCAGGCGCUAUGAGUCCCUUCAGCGGUGGCGCAAGCCCCUCUUCGCCAUCCUUCUCUCCAUCCUCCCCUCAGUACUCGCCCACGUCUCCAGGCAUGACCAGUCCACGUUUUGGCGCCACCUCCCCCGGCUACAACCCCACGAGCCCGUACUCGCCCACUUCGCCUCAAUUCUCGCCGACGUCACCUGGAGGAUUCUCUCCGACGUCUCCAAGCUACUCGCCUACAUCCCCGGGAUACUCGCCUACGUCUCCGCAAUGGAGCCCUACCUCGCCUGCGCAAGCUGCCGCUCGUAGCGCCACCUCUCCGGGUGGCGGCUGGAGCCCCACAUCUCCACAAUAUAGUCCAACCUCUCCAAUGUACAGCCCGACGAGCCCACAGUUCAACAGCGGUGACAGGCGUUCGCCUGCUUCACCAACGUCGCCUUCGUACAGCCCGACAAGCCCCAUGGGCCAGUACAGUCCGACAUCACCCAAAUACUCUCCCACCUCGCCGACGUCUCCGCAGUACUCGCCGACGUCGCCCAAGUACUCUCCAACGUAA